AUGUCAUCAUCCGAAUCACAUACGAAAAUCUAUUCAUUCCAAAUAAAAUUCGGUGUUUUUCACCAAAAAGUCACACUGACAACAUCUGAACAGAAUCUUUCGAUGAAAACACUACAUGUAGUAGCCAUUCGAUUCAUUCAAACUAUGUGUCCAGAUCAAGACAUCAGACUGUUUCACAAUCGAAUUUUACUCUAUCGAUACGAACCGUUAUCGUAUCAGAUGUUGAUUCCGCUAAAUCUGAACGAUAUUCGUCUUGCAAAUACGAUUGUCGAAGUCAUCAUAUCUCCGUAUAUCAUGAAUGACUAUCCACAUCCAGUACCUCAUGUGCUUAGUUUACACACAUAUUUGUCACCGACAUUCUGUGACCUAUGUGGACAAUUCCUGUUCGGUCUGUACAAACAAGGAAUGAAAUGUGAAGGUUGUGGUCGAAAUUUUCACAAACGAUGCGUAUCUGAUCUUCGAGACAACUGUUCCUCGAUGGCAAGAAAAAUGUCCGAUAUUGCAUUGACACACGAUGAUGAUUCGAACGAUUUCCGGAAACGAUUAACAUUAAGCGGUGCCGAUCUACCAGCCGUCUUGCCGCAUUGUUUUUACGUCCACAGUUAUCGCUCACCAACAAAAUGUCAUAUAUGCAAGCGAUUAUUGAAAGGUCUAGUUAAACAAGGUUAUCGUUGUAAAGAUUGUAAAAUGAGUGUGCAUAAAAAAUGCAUCCCGAAAGCGACAAAAAACUGUCCAGGCAUGUUAAUGCAUCAUACGUCGGGAGAUGAUGACGAUGAUAAUGUUUCACGCGAAACAACGGAUGAUCUGGCGAUCAGCGGACGGUAUCGUGAUUUGUCGCCAUUACCGAUGAAUAUUGCUGACAAUGAUGAUGAUGAUAUUGAAUGUACCUCGACAACGUCGUCGUUAUUUUCUCGUCAUGGAAAUAUUCGUGCUCAACGUCUUAUUCAAAGUAUCAAACGCGUGAAAAAAGCCAGCGGCGAAGCUUUGUUUUGGGAAGGAUGGAUGGUGUAUACGAUCGAGAAAGAGCCAUUAACAGAAAAACGAUAUUACUGGCGCGUUGAUGCAUCAUCAAUAACGAUGUAUCAAAAUGAAACGACUAAUAAAUUCUCUCGAGAGAUUCCGCUAGAAAAAAUUGUGUUACAAUUGAAUACCAGCCAGGAAAGGUUUCAUUACUUUGAACUCCGUACCGAUCAAAAUAUUUACUUAUGUGGAUACAAACGUACGCGCAGUCGAAAAUACGAUAUUUCACAUUCAUCGCAGCAAGCCAGAAAUGCAUAUACACAAAUUCGUCAAGCGUUAUUAGCUUACAGCAACGAGGGUAAUGAUGUGAAAAGUGCGUUUACAAUAUUGACAUCGAAAUCACAAAAUCGAGAUAUAAGUGAACUGUUUAAAAUUAAUCCGAUUGAAGUACUUGGCAGUGGACAAUUCGGAACUGUCUAUGGAGGUCACUCAAUCGAAACAAAUGAACAAGUCGCGAUCAAAGUUAUUGAUAAAACACGAUUUAGUGAACAAGAAGAAAAGAUUCAACGCGAGGUCGAUAUUUUACAUGAGAUCGCUCACCCUGGUGUGAUCAAAUUGCACGCAAUGUUUGACACACCUGGAAAAUUUUAUUUAGUGAUGGAAAAAUUACAUUCGGAUAUGUUGGAAAUGAUCUUAAGUCAACCAAUAAAACGUCUUAAUGAACGUCAAACAAAAUUUCUAAUUUAUCAAGUGCUUGUUGCUCUGAGAUAUUUACAUAGUAAAUCAAUAGUCCAUUGUGAUUUAAAACCUGAAAAUGUUCUUCUUGCACAAGUACAAGACUUUCCUCAGACGAAAUUAUGUGAUUUUGGUUUUGCACGUAUUAUCGGAGAGAAAUCCUUCCGACGAUCGAUUGUUGGCACACCAGCUUAUUUACCACCAGAAGCGUUAAAGCCAGAAAUACGCUUGGAAAGAGGAUACAAUCGGUCGUUAGAUAUGUGGUCAUGUGGCGUCAUAAUUUACGUAUCUCUCAGUGGAACAUUUCCGUUCAAUGAAGACGAAGAAAUCGAAGAUCAAAUUCGUAAUGCGAAUUUUAUGUUUCCAGUCAAUCCUUGGCAGGAAAUUUCGAAAGAAGCGUUAAAUUUCUUACAAAGUCUAUUAGAAAUUGAUCGAAGAAGACGAAUAGUGAUAAAUAAGGUUUUCCUUCAACCUUGGCUUCAGCACGGCAUUUUGGUUUUAGCUAUUGAUCUUAUCUCACAUCAUUUGCUUCAAGUUAAUGCCGGACACCGACUUGCAGCUGCUAAUACAUUACGGCAUGCGUUUUUUGAAGAUUAUCAACUGUAUUGUGAUUUACGUAAAUUGGAAGAAUCGAGUUCUUGUGAACGUUGGUUAACAUUAGCUGAAGACGAUGAAAAAUGGGAACAAUAUGCAAAAGAGAAUGGUUUCACUAAAAAAUCAUCAACAGCAUCGUCGCUAACAUUGACAUUCCCAACAAAAAACUUUCUCAGUGUAGAAUCAAGUAGAAAAAAUGAAUGA